GGGAGUGCGCCCUUCCGGCUGCGUGCACAGUGGAGUAAGGCCGGAGCGGGAGGAGGAGGGAGCGGAGACGCGGCGGCGGCCCGACAUGGACAUAGAAAGGGAGUUCCGGGAGGCCGACACCAACAGCGGCUGGGGCUCCCUAUACCAGGAAAUCCGAAAUGAAGCCAGCGAUUUCCCGUGCAAAGUGGCGAGACUGCUGGAGAACAAAACCCGCAAUCGCUAUAGAGACGUCAGUCCAUUUGACCACAGCCGGAUUAAGCUACACAGAGAAGACAAUGAUUACAUUAACGCCAGUUUGAUCAAGAUGGAGGAAGCUCAGCGCAGCUAUAUACUGACACAGGGUCCACUUCCGACUACGUGCGGUCACUUCUGGGAGAUGGUGUGGGAACAGAAAAGCAGCGGGGUCGUCAUGCUGAACCGAGUCAUUGAGAAGGGAUCAAUCAAGUGCGCACAGUACUGGCCGAAAAAAGAGGACAGCCCAAUGGUGUUUGAGGAUGCAACCUUGAAACUGACCCUCCUGUCUGAAGACAUCAAAUCCUAUUAUACAAUCCGUGUGCUGGAGCUGGAGAACCUUGGUACUCAAGAGACCCGAGAGAUUCUGCACUUCCAUUACACCACAUGGCCGGACUUUGGCGUUCCUGAGUCUCCAGCAUCAUUCCUCAAUUUCCUCUUCAAGGUGCGAGAGUCGGGGUGCCUGAACCCCGAACACGGGCCUAUCGUGGUGCACUGCAGUGCUGGCAUCGGCCGAUCGGGGACCUUCUGCCUGGCUGACACCUGUUUACUGCUGAUGGACAAGCGGAAAGACCCCUCCUCAGUGGACAUAAAACAGGUUCUCUUAGAUAUGAGGAAAUACAGAAUGGGUCUCAUCCAGACGGCAGACCAGCUGCGAUUUUCUUACCUGGCCGUGAUCGAGGGGGCCAAAUUCAUCAUGGGAGAUUCUUCAGUACAGGAACAAUGGAAAGAACUGUCCAACGAGGACAUGGACCCUCCUCCGGAACACACCCCACCCCCACCCCGGCCCCCUAAACGCAUGAUGGAGACGACCUUGAACGGCAGAAUGAUCGAGCAGCCAGAGUUCUUCCCGCAGCAAGUGGUGGAGGAGGUGAUCAGACGGGCAGUCAGCGUGGUAGAGGAGAGCCUACCGGAUGGCAGAGCCCACCUAUCUGCACAGCCCCCGGUAGAAAGUACUAGUCAAGACACUGAAAUCCGUAGGAGAACCACCGGGGCGGACCAGACCCACUCCACACCUGACGAAGACGACCAGAUCAAACCCAACCCCGCGGACGACAAAAAUGACAGCCAAGAAUGGAGGUCCAUGGUGCUAAACAUCUGUAUGUUCACUGUGCUGACCGCCGGCGCCAUCCUUUGCUACCGGGUCUGGUACCAUUAACGUGGCACCCCGCCUGGUAUCGAGCUGUACGAGGUGAGGGUGACGCAACUUGGAAAACCAAAAUCGUGAGAGGGGAAAAAAAUAAUAACGAAAAAAAUAAAAUAACGAAACAAUCGCCAAGCUGCGGCUUUGACUGCGGCAGCGCUGGAAGAGCUGAACCUGAACUGUGCCCAAUGCGUCUCAAUGCAUUAUUAUGUGGGCGACGAAGAGCCCUGCAAUCCCACCGAGGAAAUCGCCACAUCUCAGGGCUUCAAACUAUUCAGGAGUAAAAAAUAAAAAAAUAACAAAUAAUGCCAAAUAUUUUUGUUUUGAAUAAAAUAGUGGUAUUACAACA